AGCUAAUCAAAAUUACUUAUAAGAAUACUACUGAUCUGCUCACUUUAUAUUACUUUUUCCAUUUCAUUUUUAUUUGACACUAUUUUUCUUAUUAGUCCGUCCAGAUAUAAUAUUAAAAAAAGGGCAGCCCGGUGCACUAAAGCUCCCGCUAUGCGCGGGGUCUGGGGAAGGGCCUGACCACAAGGGUCUAUUGUACGCAGCCUUACCUUGCAUUUCUGCCAGAGGCUGUUUCCAAGGCUUGAACCCGUGACCUCCUGGUCACAUGGCAGCAACUUUACCAGUUACUCCAAGGCUCCCCUUCCCAGAUAUAAUAUUAACAUUUUUAUAAUUUCUUAAUUAAAAGCUUUUAUUUCUACACAAAUACUAUGAUAUGCUUACACUCACAGUUUCGAAAGGUUCGAUUUGGUACUCUUUCCGUUUCAAUUUGAUUGUUUGGUUUUGACUUGAUACAAAGUACUAAAAAAAACUUAUGAACCUUGUGAUCUUAAACUAAAGAUAUAUUAAUUGUAUUUAAAUAUCUUUUAAUCUUAUAGUUUUAGGGGGAGUACUUUAAGGGGCAAGGAAAAAAGAGUAGCUACAGGUUCAAGUUCAAAUAGAAGUAGAACUCUUGUUGAUGAGUCCUCCGAUGAAGAAGAUGAGGACCAAGUAGAACCCUUGUUGAUGGCCCUUCAAGAGUUUGAGAAUCUUGUUGAAGAAUAGGAUUUUGCUCUCUUUGUGAUUUGGUUAUGCAUUUGCUUUAUAUGUUGUUACUUAUGAGGAUUAUUGACUAUCUAUUUACUUUUUAAUCUAAGUCUUUUGAGUUCUUGAUUAUCUAUGCAUAUUUUAUAUUUUUUAUUUUUAUACUAAAUAGCGCUUUUUCUGAAAAAAGCAUGCACUUCGCUUCACGCUUCUCGCUUCUGUGAAGCGAGCCCCCAUCGCUUUUUUCCGCUUCUUGCUUCUCAAAAAACUAAUAGGUGCAUCCUCUCCUCCACAGAAUCUUCGCACUAGGCACCUUCUAAGAAGAUCAUUGUUAUCGAUGGCCGACGAGGUCUUCAGCAUUCAGCUUCUUUUACUACCACCAACUCUUUUUGAUUCCAUUUACUAUUGUGUAAAGCUUCUUUAUAAUUUCCCUUUCCAAUGAUUGUUUUGGAGGUUGCCUCCCAGAUGUAAUACAUGCACUUUGCCUACCUGCAUUUCUUAAGAUGAAAUUCUCCACUUCUAAUGCUAAACUCCCCCAUCCCUCAUUGAAUGUGAUUUCUGGAAUAAUGAUCACUGAUCUAUUUUGUCACUUCACAGAUAUAACUGAGAGGAACCUCCCGUAUUUAUUAAACUUUUGGGACACAUAAAUGUUUGUCAAAAGAUCUCGACAUCUCCAUGAUUUGAAACUUUUGCCCCUAUUAUCGGUGGCUUCAUUUAUCCUUUUGCAUAGCCAAAGUAGAGCUCCCUUGCUAAACACCACCCGUCUGAUCCGUACCUUGCAUUUUCCACCCAUUCAAACCAAAUCCCUGAGUUAGAAUAAGUCUCUGUAAGAUCAUAAGACUUACGCUCUUUCUAAAAUACAACCUGUUAUCCAUGGAGAAAAAAAAAUGAGAAAGCAAAGAAAAAGGAAAGAGAAGAUGAGUUCCGAUGGCAGAAGGCCACCGGAAAAAGGAUCCUUGUUACCCAGAAGGAGUAACUAAGGUGUAGUCUAGGGAAGAGUGUCGGGGAGCAUUAGUUAUUGGUCCCCCUUUUUCCGUGAUUUUUCUUCGUACCAAACAAUUCAAUAUGUCUCACUAACAAACAAAAAAGAUGCAUUAUGAUGCCUUUUUGGACCUAGGAUUGUCAGGUUUAGUUAAAAAAUAAUAAAAACAACAUUGUUCGAGCUUAAUAGAUUGUUAGAGGUUGAAAACGGUGAAUUUCCACAGUAGAGUCACCUAAGGUCAAUGAAGUGGUUGGGAACCAUGAGGUCUUAGGUUCAAUUUCUAGCAGAGACAAAACACCGGGUGCUUUCUUCCCAUUUGUUUUAGCCUUGGUGGAUAGAGUUACUGUUGAAAUCUGCUUCAUGAGCUGUUAAUUAAUGUUGAGUUGGCAUGAUGACAUGAUUGCUGAUGUGCUUUUUUCUUUCCAGAAGAUAGAUGUUUUUCUGUUUUAGUUUUCAGUUGAAAGUUUCCUAGUCUUUAGGCAUGUAGCUGUUGGUAGACUUAGUUCCUAGUUAUUAGGAAGUUUCUGUUUUUGAAUUUGAAUUACUGCAUUAUUUACUGCAGAUCUGUUAGGAUUUCCAUUAUUUAAAUUUCUUCUUUCAGCUUAAUAAAUGAACUCUCCUUUUCUUCCUUUUUGUCGUACAUUUUUCUCUGUUAACACUAACAUAUUGGUAUCAGAGCCCUUCUUCUUAAGGGACUUGUGAGUGAUCCAUCAACAAAGUUCCUAUCUGUUGCCCUGAAAAACCAUCAGAACACAUGGAAACAGAAAAUUCUUCUGGUUCUUAUGCUAUUUCUCCACCCGUGUUUGAUGGAGAGAACUACCAGUAUGGGCUAUCAAGAUGCAAACUCACAUGGAGGCACGUGAUCUCUGGGAGGCAGUAGAGGAGGAUUAGGAAGUUCCUGCUUUACCUGGCAAUCCAACAAUGGCUCAGAUCAAGCUUCACAUGAAAAGGAAGACGAGAAAAUUCAAGGCGAAAUCUUGCUAUGCUGCAAUUUCACCCACAAUGUUUCCCAGAAUCAUGGCGCUGGAAUCGACAAAAGAAAUAUGGGAUUUUCUCAAAGAAGAAUAACAAGGAGAUGAGCGAAUCAAAGGCUGCAUUAUUUUUUGGAGUGGACAAGCUUCUCUUGGUUUGUCGAAGUUGGCUGGACUAUGUAACAUCUGAAGUCAGGAUUUGGCCUCCUCAACUGUGUUUAGAAGAUUUGGUCCAUAUCUGGGAUUAUGGUAGAGAGAAUGCAAUUGAUUUUAUUCCACAACUGACUGGUUAUCUGGCGAGGAACUUUAUAUGGAUGGCAUCCUGUGACUCAUUUCACAAUGUCCCUUUUGAAUUGUUGCUUUCCUGUGUAAAGCAUCCAUGUUUGACAGUAGAUAGCGAGAAGCAUCUCUGUGAUGCUAUUCUACUAUGGCUUGCCACUAACACCAACCCAUCUGAUCUUUUGAGCUCCACUGGUGAUGCUCACCUUGAAAUUCUAACAGAGAUCCGCACUAGCCUUUUGUCAUUGCCAUUUGCUGCUGGGAAACGAAGAUGCCCCUUCUUCUCGAAGUUUGCAGAAAGAAGUGUGGUUGCUAUCUGUAGUUUAGCUACCUCCCAUUCCUUUAGCUUAGCAGACAUUCUUGGAGGAGGUGACUGUAAUCAGCUCAGGAUCCACUUGACUGAAUAUACUAAGAUAUUGGACCUUUCUGGCUGCCCACAAAUUAAUCUGGCUCUUCUUCUCUUAAACAUGCUUCCUUCUUCAAAUAAUUUGGACAAAUUGCUGAUGAAGAAACUUAAUCAGCUUUCACUCAAACUUGAGCGCCAUAUGGAUAUAUCUCGGAUUCCAUGGGAAAUUUUCCCUGUUUUGACUUUUGAAGCAGUGCAAGUGGUGGAUGUUUCAAAUUGUCCUAUGCUGCAUCUUGAAGCUGCCAUUGAGUGCUUUUCCAAGUCAUUCCCAUCCCUAACAACAUUGAAAGCUGCUUAUAUUUUGAACUUCAGAACAAUGAAGCUGUACCAAUUGUUACAGAGAUGCCCACUACUCUCAGACAUCGAUCUAACAGUGGACAGUACUCCUGUAAUACCAGCAAAGGUCUCAGUUAUAUCUUCAUUCCCUACUGUGACGCUGCAGAUAUCAACAUCUUCCAAUGAUGAGACAUGUCCUGAUGUACCAGCAUUUCAUUUUUCUAGGCAGCUCUCAAAUAUUACAAAACUCAUAUUGGAGGGUCGAACAGAUAUCUAUGAUUCUGAUCUCCAAAAUAUUGCAGAGUGCUGCCCUUCCUUACAUUGUGUUAACCUCAAUGCAUGUACUUCCAUAACGGAUUCUGGCAUAUCCAUUUUAGUAUUGAAAUGUGUUGAGCUACAUUCAAUCUUUGCGUGUGAUACUUCAUUUGGUCAGAAUUGUGUGCAGUCACUUUGCCGCAAUAUCUCCAGAUUUGACUCUGUGGCAAUGAAGAUGGCAGACCACACCAAUUCAUUAGCUUAUAAACUUCAAAUUCUGCAUAUCGGAUGCUGCAAAGGUAUCAAUGAGACUUUUCUUUUGGAGCUUAUCUCACAAACACACAGAAUAAGAAGUCUUUGUUUGAGGGGAACACAGCUUGUCGACAAUUCACUUUAUAAAUUUUCAGGAUCAUCACUGGAAAUGCUUGAUGUAUCUGAUACUAAGGUUUCUUGCCAUGCAGUGGGUCAUGUUGUCCGCAGAAAUCCUCUUCUAAAAGGUUUGAUUGCCAGAGGCUGCAGGCAUCUAUUACAAGAGGAAAAUGAUAUUCUAGAGAACUCUCCUGUUUUGUCAUAUAUCUGUCCUGUAUUGUAUUAUGAGCUUGGGAAGUCCUGCAAUUUGGAGGAAAUUUCUCUUGGUUGGGGAUUCUCGUUCUUUUCAAUGGAGGCCCUGCGCCCUGCAAUUAAAAUGUUGAGGACAUUUACUGUUGGUUUAGGUGGAUCUUUAGGUGAAGAUGGGCUCAAGCUGGUACCCGCGUUUUGUCCUUUGUUAGAGACCUUGAUUCUUUAUUUCCAGGUAGUGUCUGAUUCUGUUGUAAGAAAUAUCUUGGAGACCUUGAAACACUUGCAAGUCUUAGCUCUAUUCUAUUGCUUUGGUGAGAUUUCCUCAUUAAGCUUCCAGUCCAGUGCACCACGUUUGAGGAAAUUGAAACUUGAAAGAGUAUCAAGUCAGAUGACCAAUGAUGAUUUGCUUACCCUUACUCGGAAUUGCAUGAACUUAACUGAUCUUUCGCUGGUGGGAUGCAGACGUCUUAAUUCAGAGUCACAAGAUACUAUUUCAAAUGGUUGGCCAGGGUUGAUCUCUCUUCAUUUAGAGGACUGUGGUGAAGUAACUGCCAAGGGUGUCACUUCGCUUAUGAAUUGUCAAGCACUUGAAGAUCUUUUACUACGUCAUAAUGGCCUUGGAAUUGACAGAAAUUUUAUCAUCCGUGCUGCUUCAAGGAUGCCACUGCUCCGGAAAGUAGCAGUCGAUGUAUGCGAUGCAAAGGAUGGUGACUUUGAUCUUCCAGAUUUUCCUGACAGGAACUUCUUGCGCAUAGUGAAGUUAGCAAGAUGCAAUUUAAAAAGACGCACUUUAGGUUCCACGAAAUCUGGAACUUGUACAACUCCGGUGCAUGUAGAGACCCUGAUACUGACAUGGGACAGUAGGAAACUCUCGAGAACUGUUGUCAAGGAAAGAUUAUAGCAUUUGAUAGCCAAAAAUGUUAGUGGUGACUCUGAAUGUAUGCACAUUUACUGGCACAAUGAUGCAAUAUUUCCCAAAGUCGUCAAGUCGUAUUGCUGGGCCUGGGCAGGUCUGUGCACAGCUGAUGGCAGGAAAAAAGGUCUAGAAUACAAUACUUGCCAUUCUUGGUCUGUUGUGAACCUUUUCAACUGCCCCGGUUUGGUUUAAAUACCGCCAGGAGAAGGGCUAGGUAUUGUCAAGGGGGUCCAAUUAGCCCCUUCGUAGCAAAAUUAUAUUAUGGUGAAACAGAAUAAACACAUUUUUAUUAUUAUUUAUAGACUAUUGAAUCCUCUGACAUAGUAUAGGUAAAGGAGUCAAAAAAAAAAAUGCUUCAAGUCGUACGUUCAUAUGCAGUCCAGUAUAUUAUUUGAAUUUACAUGUAUGAACUUCUGAUUUCUCCAUUGCAGGUAAACACAUUUGCACUUGUAAAACCUGCCAACUAGAUCAUACCACUCAGUCUCUUUGGUUCCUUUUUUAAAAAAUAAAUAAAUUGUUAAUUGGGUGGGCUUCGUUCAACCCGUCA